AAUCUGGAGUACAACCUCUUGAGACUUGCUCGUUGUCUAAAUCUUUACAGUGUGACGGCGCCGGCUUUUUUCAAUCCCCCAAGCAACAUCAUGUUUGAUUCACUUGUCCUCGUUGAGACGCCGAUCCACCACCCGUCCGCAGAGGUCCAUCAUACCGCAAUGUACAAAGCCUUUGCUACCGUCGACAACCGCCACGAUAUCUGGACUAGCCGUGAGGCCGCUAAAGCUUGGCUCGGCAAGCGUUUUCCCUGGAAAGUUUGGGAUCUAGAGGUCCUGGAUAUCUAUGUAGUGAGUAUCGGGCUGCCGGUUUUCCUCUCUUUACUCAUCGUUGCCCAGAACCACGGUCUACGUCCGCUACCGACAGCCUUCUAUCCCGACAAGACCGAUGGAGUUACCCUAAGCGCUACGUGGGUGGACGAAAAUGCGGCGUACUCAAAAGAUGGCGGAACCUCGUUCACAGCGCUCCGGAACUUGAACACACUCUAUAGUGUUGUACCGGUGCAUCUAGUCUACGGUGCCAAGAACGAUCUUAUGUGUGUGAAGACAUCACUCGUUAACAACGUCACUCACAGCCCCUCCAGGUCGCACGGAAUCCAAGACUCGAUCAUCGAUGCCGACCAAGGAAGGACCUUUGCUUCUAUAACUCGAGUUCCGGAGACCGGACAUUGGGUGAGUCCCCUGGGGGUCGUUCUCGUGGCGAACAGGCUAUUGAUCGCAAACAGGUGUUAUAAGAGGCUCCGAAAAAGAUGGCGGACGCAUUGUGGACGAUUCUGGCUGCUCCGAUUCCAUUGCACAAGCUGUAGCUGGAUGAAGUUGCUGUAUCUUCAAAUUGUCCUGUCGGAUUAGAGUACUUACCUGCAAUCUCUGGAUCGGCGCAAUAUAUCAUUUCGUGGAUCUAUAUAAAUAUCACUGCACAGUAGAGUUCCUGCGCAGCGACGAAGAGUCUCAUAAUUAUGCGACGGAUUGUCU